CAGUGUGUGCUGGGGGCUGGGGAAGGAGGCAGGCUGCUUUAGAUAGCAUUAUGCAAAUGUGUCAAAAGAUUAAGUAAAUCUUUCUAAUCAGUUUUCAGGUUCCAGACUUCAAAGUGGGAUCCUGAACUAUGUCAACAUUCCCCAAUCAGGCAGCCCCCAAUAACACUUCAAUGGCCCCCACCUUCUUGUUGGUGGGCAUGCCAGGUCUGUCAGCUGCACCCUCCUGGUGGACAAUACCACUCAUCACAAUGUACCUUCUCUCUGCCCUGGGCAACGGUACUAUUCUCUGGAUCAUUGCCUUGGAUUCCACCCUGCACCGUCCAAUGUACUUCUUCCUCUUCUUGCUUAGCGUGUCUGAUGUUGGCUUGGCCACAGCCCUGAUGCCCACCCUGCUGGGUCUUGCCUUUGCUGGCGUUCAUGCUGUCCCUGCUUCGGCUUGCCUCCUACAGAUGUUCUUUGUCCACAUCUUUUCUGUCAUGGAGUCCUCUGUGUUGCUCGCCAUGGCCUUAGAUCGAGCACUAGCCAUCUGCCGCCCUCUCCACUACCCAACGCUCCUCACCAAUGAUGUCAUUAGCAAGAUUUGCCUGGCUAUUGCUUUCCGAUGCCUGGGUCUCCAUCUGCCCCUGCCAUUCCUCCUGGCCCACAUGCCCUACUGCCUCCCACAGGUCCUGGCCUAUUCUUACUGCUUGCACCCAGAUAUAGCCCAUUUGGCCUGCCCUGGAGCUUGGGGUACAAUCUAUAGCCUCUUUGUGGUUCUGUCAGUUAUGGGAUUAGACCCUCUGCUUAUUUUUUUCUCCUAUGGCUUAAUUGGCAGAGUCUUGCAAGGUUUGGGAUCCAGUGAGGAUCGCUGGAAGGCUGGCCAAACCUGUGCUGCCCACCUCUCUGCUGUGCUCCUCUUCUACAUGCCCAUGAUCCUUCUUGCCCUCAUUGACCAUCUUAGAGUGCCAAUACCUCAGCCUGCCCAUACUCUUCUCUCCUAUGUCCACUUCCUGUUUCCUCCAUUGAUAAAUCCUAUUCUCUACAGUGUCAAGAUGAAGGAGAUUAGAGAGAGAAUAGUCAAGAGACUACAGCCCAGGAAGGUGGGUUGUGCUCAAUGA